GCGGGUCAGCUGCGGCAUCAUAGAGCAGCGGUGAAGUCUCUUGGCCAGUGACCGGACGUGAAGUCCCGCCGGAGUCCAGCGCCUCGUCAGUCUGGCUCAACAGCGGCUGAGAUGAACGGGCUACACGGUACAGUUCAUCUGCUCUUCUUCAUCUGUACCGCUGUGCGGGAGGCAGCCGGUACCGGCGCCGCGGUGAGACCCGUCGGAGUCGGGGACACGGUGGUCCUGCCCUGCGACCUGCAGCUCGGCUACGAGGUGAUGUGGUUCGUCCAGCGUGACGAGACACUGUUUCUGGGGCUCCUGGCCAGUAAGAGCCAGGCGGAGACGGUCAACUUCAACUACGCGUCCGACUCCUGCUUCUCUCCGGCGCUGAACUCGUCCACCGGCUCCAUCGACCUGAGGAUCCGGAACGUGUCGCGAACAGACCUGGGGCUCUUCUACUGCGCGGGGAAAGCGCAGGGCCGGGUUGCUGUCGGAACCGGCACCAGGCUCGUCUGUGCGGGUGGACAGUGUGAGGAUGACCAUCGGCAGGCGCGGUCUCCCUUUGAGCUGGAGAAGUCGUGCUUCAUCAUUCUGCUGCUGGUGCCUCCUCUCUCUGUCCUGAUAACGUCCGGCUGCGUCUUCGGCCUCUUCCACCGGACAGGACAGUUCACGAGCCUGGGAGGUGCAGGAACGUGCAUCAGCCCAGAAAAGAGAGAGAGCUGCAGGAGGAAUGUACAGGAAGUGGACCACUGUGAGACUUCAGACUUCAUCGCUGUCCCGGGACGCAUCAGGACAAGACAGUUACAGUAAAGUGUGUCCGUGUCCUGAACUCAGCUCUGUAACUCCUGGACCAGUCUGUGUUCUCCUGACUCAAGACGAGGGUCUGGUUGUUACUCCCAUGACCCUCGUCCUGGCUUCUGCACCAUGUUUUCAAAAUGCCUCCUGGAAAGACUCUGGAAUUCUCCCUUCUGGGAAAGAGACCGGAGACCGGAGACACACUGGAUCCCAGACAGGCCAGAGAGACAAUGAGCAUCAACAAGGUCGAGUGGUGUGAUACUGGACUAUGUCUGUGCCACGUGUUUAAUCUAGACUCCUAGCUCUACAGCUCACGUCACACAGCUGGCAAGAGCUGCAGGACUUUACAACUGCAGAUGACCUGGAUUGGUGAAAGUAUUACUGGAAAAGGUAAAAAUACCAAAGAAAAAUGGAGUUAAACUCUUUGAAUCGGACCUUAUUUGGAAGUAUUUCUGCAGAUAGCUCUUUUAUAUUUUGGUUAAAUAUUGCUGAGUGCACACAUGGUAUUGAUAAAAUAUGCUUAACCAAUCUAAGAUUUUGCACAAGCAGCAGGUAAGGUGGACAAAUUUAGGAACUGUGCCUAUCGCUGUACUCGUGCACAACACUUGCAAUUAAAAGGCAGAACUAUCACAUAGUUACAUUUUUUUUUUUAGAAUUAUUAAAUUAAAAUAAGAAUUUGCCAAGAGUUGCUUUUGUAUUAUGUUAAUACACAUAUAACUAUUAAACAGAACAUGUUUGCUUAAACUUGUAGACUUUGCAGUGUGUGGCCGUGAAGCAGUGAGGGGAGGCCGUGUGAGAAAGACACCAUCUUGGCUCCAAGCACUCCCCCUUUAGUGUGGCCUUGAGCCAAGAUGGCUCCCAGCUAAGUGGAGCUGGAGACUCGGCCGGUGUGAAUUAGUAAUUAGCACUUGGGGAGAGGGAGUACAACUCCAUGUGAGGGAACACAGCUGUCUACACUACAGUUGUGAAGUGAUGGGUUGCAGGCUGUGUUUAGACUACAGCAGGUGCUGCUUUACACAAAGUGUGGUGGGAGUGUGGAACAAGCUGGCCAGCCUUGUUGCUGAAACUGAUAACCUGACUUCUGUCAAGACACAGCUGGAUGUCAACAGAACUGGAGGACUUUCAUUCCUGUCAUCAAACAAAACCCUGAUGAAGGUUUAUUCCUGUGCUGAAAAGAGAAGAAAA